AUGUUAUCUACGGGUGGAUUUAGUGGUGAUUUUAUUCGUCAUCUUGAAGUAAUCGCACAGAUCGCAUUUAUCUGCUUUCAUUUUCAAUGCAGCUGUAUUUGCCAUCUGCCUCCAGAAUCUGGACGUUGUCGAGCUUUGAUCACUGCUUUUUACUAUGAUCCAAAGUCAAAACAGUGUAAAACUUUCUUUUAUGGUGGAUGUGGUGGGAAUGCAAAUCGAUUUCCAUCGAAGAAUGAAUGUGAAAAAGCAUGUAUGACAAAGUCUGUCGCAGAUGUUGUUAUACCUUCAGUCAUUUCUGCUGUGAUUAUGUAG